AUGGACGUUGAAUAUCAUGAGGAAUACAUAUAUAAUUCCAGAGGCGUGCAGCUUUUUACUUGCAGAUGGUUGCCAUUUUCUUCUCCGAAGGCCCUUGUUUUUCUCUGUCAUGGUUAUGGCAUGGAAUGCAGUAAUUUCAUGAAAGGCUGCGGGACGAGGCUGGCUAGUCAUGGAUAUGCCGUGUUUGGUAUGGAUUAUGAAGGCCAUGGACGGUCCAUGGGUGCUCGAUGUUACAUCAAAAGAUUUGAUAACAUUGUCAAUGAUUGCAGUGACCAUUUCAAAUCCAUUUGUGGGCAGGAAGAAUACAGGGGAAAAAGAAGAUUUUUAUAUGGGGAGUCAAUGGGAGGGGCAGUCUCUCUCUUAACACACAAAAAAGACCCUGCUUUCUGGCAUGGUGCUGUUCUAGUUGCUCCAAUGUGUAAGAUCUCUGAGAAUGUUAAGCCACAUCCCCUGGUUAUAAGUCUUCUAACUCGGGUGGAAGACAUAAUACCGAAAUGGAAGAUAGUUCCUACGAAGGAUGUUAUAGAUUCUGCCUUCAAGGAUCCAAUUAAACGAGAAGAGAUACGUUGCAACAAGUUGAUAUACCAAGAGAAGCCGAGGUUGAAAACAGCUCUCGAAAUGCUCAGAACAAGCAUCAACCUUGAAGACAGUUUGCAAGAGGUGACACUACCAUUCUUUGUGUUGCAUGGUGAAGCUGAUACAGUGACGGACCCGGAGGUGAGCAGGGCAUUGUAUGAGAGGGCGAGCAGCACUGACAAGACCAUAAAACUAUAUCCCGGGAUGUGGCAUGGUUUGACCUCCGGUGAGCCAGAUAGCAACAUCGAGAUUGUCUUCUCCGACAUUGUAUCAUGGCUGGACAAGCGUUCUUGUGAAGACCAUACUCACGACAUGAAACCAAUUCACCAAUCUAUCCCGGUUCCUGAGAAAUUAAACAUUGCGGCAUUGCCAGUGACAUUGAACAAGCAAAAGCAGCAUAAAACAAGGUCGCACAAGAAGAACAUCUGUGGCUGGAAGGGCCGUGGUACGUACCAUCACUCUGCAAUGUAG